AUGACGGGGGAGGUGUGUGUAGGGUGGUUGCUUGUGCUGCCCCUGGUGGUCCAAACAUUACCAAGCAAUAUUGGGCAAACAGCUGAAGGGUUGGCGAAAGGAGAACAUUGGAGAUCUGUGCCCUCUACCAAAGAAGAGUUACCCCAGCAUGUUCACAAGGUAAGAAAUGAAGAUGACACUGAAAACCAUCAUAGACCAAAGUGUCCCUUAAAGGUUAAUGGAGAGGCUGGACUUGUUUUGGACAACCUGCAAUCCCAGGGGGUCUUCAGGGAAUAUGAAAUUAGGUUCCUGGAGGCAGUAAGAAAGGCAUCAUGGGAAGCAGGUGACCUAGAGGUAUUUGCCAUGUGUCCUAGAGAUGAACAUUCUGCUGUGAUGAAGCUCCUAGCAGGUUACCUUGUGGAUCCUCAAGGGAAAUAUUUGGUGGUCAUGCACCUUGAAAAAGAGGAGUGGGCAGCUGGCUCAAAAUUAUGGUUUCAGGGUACAUUGGAAGAACACAUAUUGCCUCUUAUACAGCAUCACCAUUCCUUGAUACUUGUAUUCUAUUCUACACCCUCUAUGGGUCACCAUGGGUCCAGGCUCCAGGUGUCAGGGGACGGUAUCCCACAGGAACAGGUUGCCUGUGUAUCAGUUGGAACCCGUUAUCUUGUACUGAGAGUGGAUGCAACUGUGAGAAGUCACAAUUCCAAGGACAUAAGGCUGCAUCUGUCCUUACAGAUGAUCCGCACUGCAGAUGGUAAGGUACCUUCCCUGCCAGGGCGACGGGUGUUCCUCUCUGCUUGUCGGGGACACUCAGCUAUGUGGGUUUCACUUGCUCGUGUUCAUGAGCUGUGCCCGUCUAGACGUGUUUCCAGCAUUUGUGCCAGGACUAAGAAAUCUGUAUCAAGUGGCUGUGGUCUUCUUGUAUGUUUAUCUGUACCGUCUAAACCUUGUGCUUCAGUAGCCGUGGAUUUCAUUGUGGAAUCGCCUUCUUCCUCUGGUCAUAAAACUAUACUCAUAGUUGUUGAUCGUCUAACCAAAAUGGCACAUUUUAUUCCAUUAGCCAACCUACAUUCAGCUGCAGAGACAGCCUCAGCUUUCAUCAAGGAGGUAGACUUCAUGGAGUAUAGCCCUGAGGAGAGCUCUUGGGAGCCUGUGGACCAUCUGCACGCAGAUGCCCUCAUUUGGGCAUUUAAUUUGGCUCAUCCAGAUCGUCUGGGAGUUGUCCGGAGGCCCCCUUUUAGGAGGGGUAGCUGUCAGGUACCUUCCCUGCUGGGACGACGGGUGUUAGUCAUCGGGUUAAUUUGGCUCUGCAGCGUUCACUUCGUGUUCAUGUACUACGCCUGUGUAAACAUGUUUCCAGGAUUUGUGUUAUCAGACACAGAAACUCAACAGCUUCUAUUUGGUAUAGAUGACAAAUGCAUGACCAAGAUGAAACCAGCCCUGUUCAUGAUUGUUGGAAAAAGUGGACAGCCUGGUGCUUCUCUGCCCUUUGCGACACCCAGCUCCAGUUCCAAAGGAGGCCUAAGUGAUAUUAAUGAUCAGAAGAAGGAUGAGUUCCUGGAAACCUUGUCCAAAUUCUCCUCACUUCUGCUAAACUCUCCUGGUAAAGCAACAUCUACAAUUCAUAUUUCCCUUGACCCCACUAAUGACAGUAUUGGAGACCUGCAUCCACAUCUCUUCAAUGUAACAGAUUCUGAAGCCCUAGAAUGGCUUGUGGAGGCUGAAGAACCACUAGUGUUUCUCUUCUUGCCGGGAAGCAAAUCUUUGCUAGGGAUUAGAGAUCUACAGGGAAAACUUGUUGGGACUUUGUUGGAGAAGGUAACAAAUAAACUUUAUGAAGUAUUGGAAGACCUUGAAGAAGUUUUGACUUCAGAUGACCAUAUUCAUACACUUAAGCGCCUUUUAAAUUCUUGUCAUGGCACCUUCAAUAUUAGUUAUCUGCCCACAGAAAGUGAAACAUCAAUGUUGGGUGAAAACCAGCACAGAAACCUCCAUUCAUUAAUGCUUCUAAAAGCCUUACAGACAGUUCGUACCUAUUGGCAAGACAGAAAAAAGUUGUCCAGACAGAACCGUGGAGCAGGUAUCAAGCCCCAUUGCCGACUCCAAGAACUGACCAUCAACCUCAAGCCAUAUGCAGAGUAUAAAGAUGUGCACUUCCCCGAGGAGAUUAACAUUAACAAUUGCGUGGGGCCUUGUCGCUUCCCACAGACUACACAAAGUGAUUACCAGGCCCAUGUUAUUCUACUGAUACAACUUCAGGAGCGUAAACAAACAAGCCUUGCUCGACCCCCAUGUUGUGUCCCUGUGAAGUACCAAGAGCAAUGGCUUAUGAUAGUGGAUGAAAACGGGCUCAGGCUUCAGCUUUACCCAAACAUGGUCGCCAAAGAAUGUGGGUGUAGAUAA